GGUCUGGUCGCAGCCCUGGUAGCUGGGAAACCAUGGACAUUGAAGCAUACUUUGAAAGAAUUGGUUAUCAGAACUCCAGGAAUAAACUAGACUUGAAGACAUUAACUGCAAUCCUUCAGCACCAGAUACGAGCCAUUCCUUUUGAGAACUUGAACAUCCAUUGUGGGGAAUCUAUGGAGCUGAACUUAGACACCAUCUUUGAUCAAAUUGUGAGGAAGAAGCGGGGUGGUUGGUGUCUCCAGGUCAAUCAUCUGCUGUACUGGGCACUGACCAUAACGGGCUUUGAAACCACAAUGUUGGGAGGAUAUGUCUUUAACACUGCAGCCAAUAAGUACAGCAGUGGUAUGAUUCACCUGCUAGUACAGGUGACCAUCGGCGACAAGGACUACAUUGUCGAUGCUGGGUUUGGACGUUCCUAUCAGAUGUGGGAGCCUCUGGAAUUAACAUCAGGGAAGAAUCAGCCUCAGGUGCCUGCCAUCUUCAUUUUGACAGAAGAGAAUGGAACCUGGUACUUGGACCAAAUCAGAAGAGAGCAGUACAUUCCAAACCAAGAAUUUGUUAACACAGACCUCCUUGAGAAGAACAAAUAUCGAAAAAUUUAUUCUUUUACUCUUGAGCCUCGUACCAUUGAGGAUUUUGAGUCCACGAAUACCUACCUUCAGACAUCGCCAGCGUCUGUGUUUACAAGCAAAUCUUUUUGUUCCUUGCAGACGCCAGAAGGGGUUCACUGCUUGGUUGGCUCCACCCUGACCUAUAGGAGAUUUAAUUAUAAGGACAGUAUAGAUCUGGUAGAGUUUAAGAGUCUGACUGAGGAAGAAAUAGAAGAUGUACUGAAAACUAUAUUUGGUGUUUCUUUAGAGAAAAAAACUUGUGCCCAAGCAUGGUGA